AUGUUCCCCGAGGGCCAUUCUCAGAGAAGGAGUUUUUCGACAGUCUCAUCGCAGCGUUGCAUCAGGGAUAUCAAGUCCUACUUUACUGCCCAAACAUCGGUGCCGCACUAUACAGAGCUGUACAAGGAUACAGAGCUGUACAAGGAAAUCCAACUGGAAGAUGAGCCGAUAGAGAAGACGCGAAAAGCAGAACAUGACUAUUUUAGAAACCUGGCAUUCAGACUUGCCAUGGCUAGGAAGUUGACCCUGGUAUCGCAGUGGAAGCUGCAAUACACACAUUGCAGCCUCCGUAGCGAAGGGGAGCUGUUCGUCACAGACUCUCGGUUGUGGAAGUGGAUCAUGGAAUUCAUGCAGCAGUGGGAGACUAUCUAUCAGUGA